AUGGAGGCGCUUAGUAGAAUGAUCUCGGCAUUAGUUAAUAAUGAUUUUAUGGCUGGCUUCUCGAUUGGUGACCCCAAUAUGGGUAUUAUUAAUAUUUCUCAUUUGUUGUCUAUAGAUGAUACAUUAAUCUUUUGCGAGGCAAACCAAAAUCAAGUUCGGGCAUUGAAGGCUCUUAUACUCUAUUUUGAAGCAAUGUCCAGUUUGAAAGUGAAUUUUGACAAAUCAGAGAUGGUACCAGUUGGAAAGGUCAACAACAUAAGCCAAUUGGCUAGCACACUAGGAUGUAAGGUUUCUUCUCUUCCCAUGAACUACCUUGGCCUUCCGUUGGGGGCUGCCUCAAGAGCUAUUCUAAUAUGGGACAUGGUGAUUGAGAGGAUAGAAAGGAGAUUGGCAAGAUGGAAGAGAUUGUAUCUGUCGAAAAGUUGCAAGAUCACCUUAAUUAAGAGUACGCUGUCUAAUUUGCCAACUUAUUUCUUGUCUCUAUUCCCUAUUCCAACAGGUGUGUCAUACCAAAUUUAG